CGUCUUUACGCCCACUGCUAUAUUUCUUGGAGUCUAAACUAAGCAAAUGCCAAAGUAAAUGUUCAUUAACAGAUACAGGGCGGAGAAAUGCAGUGCCACCUCCCACACACGGUUCAAUAAUCACUGGACUACAAUCCUGUCUACUCUCUGAACUUGAAGAAACUUAAAGGACGUCGAAAUCUGAAAGGUUGUCACGGAGAAUUAACUCUUUCAUGUGACACGAGACGCAAUUACAAAUGGACAGCACGCGCGUGUUCAUUUAUGGAAUAAUCACAGCUGUGGCUCUAUGCAAAUGCAACCAGGCUGAAUGGAAUACCACAAAGGCACCAGCAAAUAGAAAUGUGACCUGCAAUCCCCAUGACAACAGCAGCAACUGCACAGAUUCAAACAAUGACCACAGGUGGAGUGGGCACUUCUCUAAGUGUCCAAAAGAAUACAAGCAUUUCUGCAUUAAUGGUGUGUGUCGUUUUGUGGAGGAUCAGAACACUCCUUCCUGCAGAUGCGAAAAUGGAUAUAUUGGCUCUAGGUGUGAAUAUAUCGAUCAGUAUUUCCAAGUAGCAGAAAGAAAUAAAAUAGUCAUCGCAUGCGUAGUUGCAGGAUUGGUGUUUCUGGUUCUGCUCAUUGUCUUCAUAUGCAUCUGUACACAUAAACGAUAUAAUCCAUGUACAAAGAAGAGGAGAAAAAAGGAAACAAGGGUUGAAGUUGAGAAGCUCAGUUCACUAACUGCAAAUGAAUCUUUAACAGCUCCUGUUGACACAUCUGACAUAAAUACUGUAUGAAUGAAACAGUGAAGUGGACCUGCCAGGGUUGGUGAUGUCCUGAUUAUGGUGUGAAAUGGGCAGUUGUUCUGGAUAAGGAUGACAGCGGUGCUUUACCGUAAUCCUAAUUGGACUUUAAAUGGACUUGGGAGAUAUGUCGUGUCAAACAACCUUUGCCGUUCAAUGUGCUACUGUUUACCACAAUCUUCACGCAGCAACUGCCUUGCUGGUUAAAAAAUAAAGCAAAAGAAACUGAAUUUGAACUUUUCAAAAAAGACGAUGGAGAACUGAAUGUACUGUAAGUUCCCUCAGUAUGGAUGUAAUGUGUAACUCAAAUAUAUGACCAGCUGGUGUGCAAUAUAUAAAAAAUAAAACAAAGCCCAGCGCCAUCCAUGUUAGUUUAGAUGCCUAUUUUUACAGAAGGUAAAAAAAAGUUACGAUACAGUAUAUUGGAAUUCAUACAUGCUUCUGUAUUAAAAUGAAAAAUAAGAAAUGUAUACAUGCAUAUUAUAUGUGUUAUAUUUACACAUUUCUGGAAGUAGUCCAGUCAAAGUUGUGACUAUGCUAAAACCUCCUUGGUUGUAUGGUGGUUAUCUUAAAUGUAUCAUAGCUUGAUAGCCUUAUUUUAAUGUAGAAAGGUUUGCCGAAUUUGUUAUUUUAAGGACCAAAAUCUAAAAUCUCUUCACCAAUUGCUUUGCUUUAUUUAUUGUGUGAACAUAAAUAUAGAAUAAUUUUCUUUUUGUUUUGUGUUAAAAAAGUAUAUAGUGCUGAAAAUUUUACAAAGUAGAAAAAAAUGGUCACCAUUAAUGUGACCUUUUGUCAUCUUUAUUGAGACCUUAGUUGACAGAAGAAUUAGCCAUAACUGAUAGAAAAUAGGAAAAAGUUGUAUCGUUGUUUGUUUGGUCAUACAUAUUUGUAAGUGAACAACAAAAACAAAAGAAAAAUAUGCCUUUAUGUGUUUGUGCUUUGUUAUUUUUAGACUUUUCUAAUGGUGCCAUUUGCUUUGAAAAAAGGUAAGAUAUUUGUUGUAGGAGCUAUUCAGUUUUGAACCAUUUUAUUCUAAACACUAAGACUAUUUGAGAUUCACUUCACAUGCAAAGUUGUAAUUACUUCUCAA